AAGUGCGGUGGCUGUGGCAGACACCGAACCGAAGGAAUCGGUCAGUCAGUCAGUCAGUCGCAGUCGGCGAGUCGCUCUCGGCUGUGCCGCGCGAUCGCGUUGGCAUUUUGUCAUUCUUCCUAUUUUCUUUUUUUUUCUUAUUCUGUGCGGUGUUUUAAUUAGUGACUUUGAAGAGGACACCGGUUUUGUUGCUCAUCGACAGACGGAAUUAUCGUGCGAAAUGCGCCCCGUCGAAUGCGAUCUCUGAGAUCCUCUUUCAAAAGGGUGAUGAUGUAACGGGACUUUCGCUGUCGCUGUGGGUGAGGCAACAAUGUCCACACAAUGCAAUCGCUUCGUGCAAAACGCCUGGAAGAAGGAACUGUGUUCGAACUGUUUCAAGCCGAAGGAGGAACACGCGGCGACCGACGAUAUUCUGCGAUUAAACGUUGAAAAGGCUUCUACAAAUCUAAAAAUUGAUCAUUUUCAACUACAGAGCAUCCUUCGCAAUAAAACGAAUUGCCGGAAGGAUCAACGCAAGAAGAACGUUGGCUUUCCGGAGUCUCUCACGGAGGUAAUCGGUUAUGGUGGUGAUGACUUCUCGGAUGGCGAGGAGGAGAGAGAGGCGGAAAUCGACUCAUCCACAAAAGCGGCGGAUCUGGUACCGGAUAGCGAGGAGGAACGCGCGUUAUUAUACCUAACUCGUGCGAACACAAACUUCAAUAUGAAUAGCGCGAACUUGACAAUAGACACCGUGGAUAACGAUACGACCAAAUCGUCGACGACGACGACGACGACGACAACGACGACGCCCGCCAAGUCUUUUACUUCUCUGAUGCUCGGAAAAAUACAAAGAGACGCCGAAGGUAAAAAAACAACUCUCCUGGUAUCCGUGACACCCUUUGGCGGAGAUGAAUCUAUACCCACUGCCAAAAGGCCUAUCGAUCGAAAGAUCAACUUGCAGACCAGUCCGCUCAGAUGCAAAUCUGACGGAGGAACAUCAGAUAACACUGCCGAAACCGCGAAGAAACUCAAUGGUGUGGAGCGGAAAAAGAUCGACGAACAGGAACAAAAGUCUUCUCCGGAACUAGGAAAGAUUAUAGAUAUGCCGUUAAUCACUUCUGCCAAUAUGAUCUCGGUUAUGCGGAAGGAAACAGAUGUCACCAAUGCGGUGAAAACAUCGGCGGAAAAGCACUCGUCUCUUUGUAAGAUUGACAAGAGAAACGGUGUAAAUGUUUCCCUUGACAGUAACGUUUCAGCGAUAAAAAAGAUUGAGGUCCAGAUGUCAAAGACAUCCUUGCCCAGCAGCAUAAAAGAGAGCGAAAACGCAAAGGAAACGGCUGAGAUGAGAAGCGAGUAUCCGAGACGAGACGAAGAGAAGAAAAAAGAUGAAGGGAUCGAGCUUGCUUUGACGUCUUUGAAAAACGUGGAAGCGCCGGAGAGCGAUCGUUCAAUGAGCAGCGUUAAUGACAAGACGAUUGCCAACAACAAGGCUUCGUUGCCGCUAAUGCGCGAAAUUGACGGGGAAGUCGCCAAGGAAGAGCAUUUCAGUUUCGAACAUAGCCGAGAACUUGCUGGAGAACCGGACGGCAGAGCGGACGAGGAAGAAACGGAACCGCCGGCAUUGCCGACAAGUCCGCCGCCAAGUGUGAUUUCUACGGAACCGAGGACUUCCUUCUUACACGGCAAUAACAUUAAUAAUAACGACUCGAAAAUGAAGCCUAUCGUACCGCAAAAGCCCAUAACCUUUUCUACGAAGACAAAUCUACAUGACGGUUCGCUUAGCAUGGUGAAGAAAAUUCCUAAUGAUUACAUACCGCCACCGCUGUCGGUGCAAAAUGCCACUUGUAGAUCCGUUCGAAAUUUAGGUAUGCAGGACAUGAGUUCUCGACAUUCAGUGAAAAAGGACAUUUCAAACGAGACUUCGUCGGAGAUUGAUCAGAUUUCCUCGACUACAACUCAAAAUUCGGAAGAAUCCGUUUCUUUAUCGUUAUCUACUUCCUUAAUUACACCACCGGAUGCGAGUAAUCAUUCGAAUAAUGGUGAGAUAGAGAACGAGAAUGUCACGCCUGACGAGGAGUUCCCCGAGAUUACUCCUGUUUCCGUUUCCACAAUGGAGCUUGUACGUUCGCCGAACAAGAGACGGAUGGCUCCUCGACCGCCAGAGACCACGGAGGAUGCGCUACCAGUUUCUUCUUUGUUUGCCAGGAAUCCGGGUGCGAAUCUCAAGUCCGAUUCCCCAGUCGUUCGCGAGAAGGAGAAAAGAGAGCGAUCAUCCUCAUGCAGCCCCAAGUUCCGCAAGGCGGUCUGCGAACUGCCAGAUCCGAUGAACGGAACAGCGGACGCCAAGCAAUCGAUCGAGUCCGUACCUAGAAGAACAAUAUCCUUGUCGCAGAAUAGUCUGACGAGCGAGAAGGAAGUACGAGAAGAGAAGAAGGGUAGGAACCGAAGGGGCUUCUCUUUGAAGCGAUUCCUGAGAAUGGGCUCGAGAAAGGAUAUGGACGUUGUGGUUGGUCAAAGCGGGAAGAGCGAUGAGAUACCGUCGACACCACAACCGAAACCGCGAUUAGAGAUAAUCCAUCCGUUGGAGUUGGACGGCGCAGCGGUCGAAGUUGUGGUAGGGAAUGACAGGGUCGCCGUCACCAGAAUCGUCGGCGAGGACCAGACGGAUUCCUUCGGCGUUAAAAGCGACGGCUCGAAAAUAGCGACGCGGUUUCCUCCAUCAUCCGCGGCGAGACCCGGAAAACCACCGCCGCCGCCGAGAAAUCAGUCCUUGGAGGAUUGGUCGAGGUUGGACUCGGCGAACAAGCCGGUCAGAUCAUCGCCACCUCGCACGGAGACAAAAUCGAGCGUCGCUUCUCCGAGCAGAGACGACAAGAUGUCCUCGAAAGCUACCUGGAGACCAACAACCGCGACGACUUCGGACUCGAUUUACGCGAAUCUGGCAGCGGAGGAUGUUACAGGUGAGGUGCGCAGCGCCCUGGCACCUUCGAAACCGCAGCGUACCGCUAGUAUGAGAGACCGUACCGUGUCCCAGCCUAUCCCUAGGAGGACGCAUAGUGAUAAUGUUACAUCGGCCACUACGAGCGUGGUAACUCAACAUCAUCAGGAUUACGAUAUCGGCCUCGCGACCGUCAGAUCCACUUCCAACUCGCCGACGUCCAACGACAGCCAUGUGUAUGAGUGUCUCUCGAGUUCACCCGAGUGCGAUUCCAAUCUCGAGCUGCGUCAUGGUCAUAGAUACGGUGACGGAUUUCGCGGUGCCUGCAAGAGGAAGUCUGACAGUAGCGCGAUGAGUGGAGAGCCCAAAGUUCAUCAUCAUCAAUCAUUCGUGAGAUCGACUUCGUUACCAUAUUGCGGCAGCGAGACCGAAAGCGAGCUUUACGCCCCGUAUACCUUUUAUACUGGCGACGAGGGUGCGGAAGAGGAUCAGGAUUGGAAGGAUGACGAGCCGCGGAUGGGUCGCUUAAGGCAACGCAGAGGACGUACCAUCGUUCAUCGGAGCCUCGAAGAUAAUUACGGCGCAGUGGUCGUAGCGAAUCAUGAAGCACUUGCUCAAUUUCUCGAACAGGAAAAUCAAGCUGUACAGUUUCCGGCAGGUCUGCGUGCUCUCAAAAAUGCGAACCCACAGCUGAAGCAUUUCAACAUCGACAUUGCGUCGUCGAUUUUCAUUGACAGAAGGAUGUUUUGUUCGGCGACGUGGAACGAUCAAAACGUCACUCUCUGCAUGACAUUCGAUCUAGCUAUGCCUAUACCGCAAAAAGAUUUUUACCUGAGGCCUAUAAUAGAAUUCGUAGAUAGAGCUCCGAAGGAGAUGAUCGAUAAGAUUCGACCAUCCGCUAACAAAGAUAUCAAAGUGACAGUCUCGAUCCUCCCAUGCCUGCACGUGACUACCAUACAAUCGUUCGGCGUGAUAUCGAGGGACAUAAGCAACGAGAAUGCAAAGCGAGAGGCAUUGUUUGUGCUUCUUCAAUUGGUUAAUGCACUGAAGAGUCUCCAGGCCCGCGGGAUUGAGGACGCCAAUGGAUCCCUGAAUGACAUUAUACUCUGCAGAGAGAACGUUUACUAUCGUCUGUACCUUUUGCAAGGGAAACUAAAUAUAGACCCGAGCGAUGAACCUAGAGAAAAACGAGUCUCUCUGUGCGAAUGCGCUCUAAUAGCACUACGGCAAUUGCAUCUGACGAGCGAGUUGCCCCUUGUACAAGAUCUACUAAUACACGAGAAAGCGGUCACUCUUUCUCAGGUAAAAUCUGUGCUGGAAUUUUCCUUAUGGGGUCCGGCCGACGUGCCCCUCGGUGGUCCACGGGAAAGAGAAGUGGCGCUUCAACGGUGGCUCGAUCUCGAGAGAGCAAACGUGCUUCAUGCCCUUGUCAAGACGAAGGCAGCUUUGACCAUUAUAGACGAGUAUCAGUUAUUAUUCUUAGUUAGAACCACUGCCAAAAUUAUGAGUGAAGCUUCGAUGCUUUUAGACGAACAGCAGAAUCGCUUGGUGCAAAGAUGCUGAAGAAUAUAUCCUUUAUCGUAUAUGUAUAUCGCGAAGUGCAUUAAAUAUUUGGUGCGAGAAAAUGAAUAUUUAAAUGCAAAAAUAACGCGAACGUUACAAUAAUAUAAUAAUUCUUUUGUCAUAUAAUUACAGUUUAUAUUUUUUAUUAUCGUGACAUCUCUCUUUUAUAUUAGAUGUUAUGUAUUUUGAGAUAAUAAAGAUAUAUGUAAUUCGCUCGUAAUUGUAAUAUAAUAUUAAUUUGUAUUCGUGGGAGGAUGUGUAAGAUAUAUAAUUAUUAUUGAUAUAUCUAUAAUUAAUUGCUGAAUAACUCGAAAUGUUAUGAAUAUUUUUAAUUACAUAACGUAAUGCAUAAUGUCUAAUAUAAUAAUAUAAACGUAGUAUUAUUUAUAGGAAAGUGCCAAUGCUCAAUCGAAAUGUGAUUUUAUGUACACAAUGCUCGGCUAUGGGCGCCGUUUUAACAAUUCAUCUCGAGUGUAAUUUAGAAAUAAACUACUUUAAAAAUAAAUAGUUUCACAUAAUUACAAUUGAUAAUUAUUUAUAAUUAUUUAAUACAUACUAUCUUUGAUAAUUGUAAUUGUUGAUAAAUACAAUAGUAUUCUGUGUAAUAUCGUAUUAACAAAAAUGUCCAAAAGAAAUUAAAAUGUUUGAUUUUUGUCCCCUUGUCUCUGACAAUUUAAGAUGCUUGAUUUUUGUUUCUUCUCUAUAUUUGUACUGGUAUUGCUCUUGUAUUUAUUAUAAAAUCAAGAGAAAUUUUUAAA